AUGGCGCAAACCCACGCCGGCUCCAAGAAGCGGCGGCGCGAGCCAUUGAACGUCGACACCAAACUAGUCGAGAUCUACGAGGACCUCGCGAACGAAAAGGACGAGAUCCGUCUGAAGGCCGCGCAGGCUCUGGUGUCGCAGUUCACGCCGGACAAGAAGCCCACCGACGAGCAGAUCAAAAAGGCCCUGCAGAGACUUUUCCGCGGCCUCUGCAGCAGCCGCAAGGCUGCGAGAAUCGGCUUCUCUAUUGCCUUGACUGAGAUUCUUACGCAGAUUUUUGCGGCGCCGAGGGAGGAAGAGUCGGAGAUUACUAUCCCGGCUGUUGUGAGUAUCUGGGAGUCGCAGUCCAAUUCGUCGGGGAGCGAGACGGGCCAGGAACAAAGAGAUCAUCACUUUGGACGGCUGUUUGGAGCGGAAGCUAUUGUCAAGUCGUCGAUUCUGUUCAAGAGCGAUGUGCCACUGGCGGAGUGGACCAAGGUUUUAGAUUUGGUGUUUAACCUAGCGAAGAAGAAGCCGUGGAUUAGAGAGGAGUGCGGUUGGAUUAUCUACCGCUGCGUUUUUGAUCUUGCUUCGCAAAAGGCUGGUGCUAAGUAUGUGCAAGUCGCGCUGGAGCGGCUCUGUGCGAACGAUCUCGCUCGUACGCCGGAGGGCGUCUCGAUCUGGCUUGCGGCCAAGGAAGCCUACCCUAAGGCUGACUUCCCCAGCAAAGUCUGGAAACAUGAUGAUCCGUUAGAUUCACGGGAGAGGAACCAGCUUACCAAGGUUAUGAAGGAAUCCUCGGCUGCAGACUCUGAGGCGGGAAGCCAGGGGAAUAACACCAAGUCCUCUGGAGUGUGGAGCUCCAAGUUGCACUUUGCUUGGGAUGCUGUUAUCAGGCAGCUUGCUGACGUAUCAGUCAAACACUCGUCUCGUCUCAGCUUUGCUGAUUUCUGGACGGAAGUCGUUGACAAUGGGCUGUUCGCGUCGUCCUCGUCCGAGGAGCGCAAGUACUGGGGCUUCCUCGUCUUUAUCAAAGUUAUCAAUGAAUGCCCCCUGCAGCUGGCUUCUCAUGUAUUCACCAAAAAUCUCGUCAGAUGCCUGACGAACCAGCUCGCCGUCGAGGACCGGUACCUGCACCGGAUGGCCGUCAAGGCCUCCAAAUCGAUUCAGGCCCGUGUCGCAAAAGACCCCGAGUUCGCCGCGGCCUCCGUCAUCGGGCUCAUGGGCUCAGCCGGUUCCGUCAACUUCGACCAAGCCACCAAGACGAAAACGAUCGAAAAGAUCGUUGUCGAAGCAAACGUCGAUGCACUGAAGCAGAUCGUGCCUUUCUUUGAGAAGCUCAUCGCGAGCCCCGGGACAGACGAUGCCAAAGCGGCAGCGGCAAGCCGGCAGUCUCUCGCCGGUCUGCUCUUGUCCAUCGUGAGAUCCCGAGCUUCGGCCAGCGACGAGUCUCAAGCUGUCCUGGAGCAGAUUCUGUUCACAUUUGUGCGAUUCGGCUAUUUCAUGCCCAAAGACGAUGCGGCUGUCCAGCCAGCCUUAACCCAACAGAGCCAGGAGCUUUUCCGAAACCGAAUCAGCUCGUGUCUGAACAGUCUCAUUGCCAACCCAAAGUAUGCGACUACCCUUCCAUACGCUGUUGUGCGGAAGAUCCGCGACGCCGCCAAGUCGGAGCAGUAUGGCAAGUUUAUUAUCAACAUGGACGAGACUCUGCGUGACUCGGUCAAGACUGCUUUCAAGUCUUUGAAGAAGCUGUCCAGCAUGGAAAAGAAUGAGGUCUCGGGCGUUGAGGCGUUCAAGCUUCUGUAUUCGAUGACGAUCCUACAAGUGUACAACGGUGAUGCCGAUGCGGUGUCCAUGCUUGACGAGCUCGAUUUCUGCUACACCAAGUUCUUGGGCGACAAGAAAUCAAAAGACGACGAAGCAUCCGAUGCUUCUGAUGCGCUGGUGGAAAUCCUUCUCAGUUUCGCAUCCAAGCAGUCGCAGCUCUUCCGCCGUAUGAGUGAGCAGGUAUUCGGUGCUUUUGCCGACAAGGUCACCGAGAACGGCCUGGAGUCCCUUGUAUCUAUUCUGGAGGCCAAGGAAAGUCUUGCUGGUCAGCAGGAAAUGUUUGAGCAGCAGGAUGACGAAGAGGACGAAGAGAUGAUGGACGUCGACGAAGACGACAGUGACGUCGAAGUCAUUGAGGCAGAGAACUCGGACGAGAACUCAGACGAGGACGAGGACGACGAAGCCGCAUCUGACGAAGGCGAAAACGAGGAAGAGAUGGCCGCCUUCGAAGCCAAGCUCGCCCAAGCCCUCGGCACGCACCGCGCCGACCAAGACCUCAACGAGCAGUCCGAGGACUCCGACGCGGACAUGAACGACGACGAGAUGGAGCAGAUCGAUGAGCAGCUGAUCAAGGUGUUCCGCGCGCGCCGGGACGCCCUCGGCCAGAAGAAAGACAAGAAGGACGCCAGGGAGAACAUGGUCAACUUCAAGAACCGCGUCCUCGACCUGCUGGAGAUCUACGUCAAGAAAUGCCACUCGAAGGUCUUUGCGCUCGACCUCCUUCUCCCGCUUCUGCGUCUCACGCGCAAGUCGACCGUCAAGCAGCUCGCCAACAAGGCGAACAGCGUGCUCCGCGAGUAUACCAAGUUGUGCAAGGGCAACGCGCUUCCUUCGCUGGACUCUGCCGAGCCGGUGUGGGAACUGUUGAAGUCCAUCCACGCCGAGGCGAUGCAUAGUGGUCCGCCCACGCAUGCUUCGGCCUGCAGCCAGGCGAGCCUGUUGGUGGUCAAGGUGCUGGUGGCGCACGACAAGAACGCCAUUGCGGAAGUGGUGGAUGUGUAUGCGGCUACGCGCAAGGAGCAGCUUCUCAGCAAGAAGUGCCAUGUCCAGCCGCAGUUUUUCUCCGACUGGAACAACUGGUGUGUGUCUGCCAGCAAGCAGAUGAAGAAUUAG